CGACAAGUUCCACAGGGAUGUGCUGAGCAAAGGCCAGAGCCCCAGAAGAAAACAGGGCUGACUCUGCGCAAAGCCACCUUCGUCCGUGGCGGGUGUGCACUGCUGGCAAUGAGCUCUGUGCUGUCAGCCUUCGUGAGAGAGCUCCCUGGCUGGUUCCUGCUCUCUGGGGUCUUCCUGCCUGUGGCUUUGCUGCUGUUCCUCCUCAUCGCCUACUUCAGGAUCAAACUGAUUGAGGUUAAUGAAGAACUGUCCCAGGCUCCUUAUCGUUCCUGCCAACAAAGUCUUAAGGAUAGUUCUUCGUCACACCGGAGAAUGAAACGGCGUGACUAUCGGGGAAUGACCAAGGCCAAAGCAUGAUGAAUUUCCACCAUCUGGACAGCAACAGACAGCAGGUUAGCUAGCAAUGUAGGCCGAUAUAGAAUCCUAGGGCACUUGCUGUGAACCAAGUUGAAGAGGGGCAACUAUCAUCUAACAGAACUUCAGUGAAACUCAGUUCUUCUGAAAGUACGAAGAAUGGAAGAUUUUCUUGGAUACA